AUGCCUUGCAUGGCUGAUACUCCAGACUUGCCUCUGGCGAAGAGACAAAAGCGAGUGUCGCGUCGAGAUUCCCAUGGGGAACUGCGUGGCUCCAAGAUCUUCUCUCCUUUUCGGACACUCGGACUGGUGUCCCCGACGCCAGUUCCUUUCACCUUCGUGCGUCUUGGUAAAUCAACCUUCCAAAUCACUACGUCCGUGGGCCAUUCGCUACAAACAUAUGACUUGCGGAAAGGGUUGAAUCUGGUUUUUCUGAGUCGACCCCAAACCCCGGAGAUCAUUACAUCGACUUUUGCAUGGCAGGACAAAGUCUUCGUCGCGUGGGGCCACCUUCGACCGCGAUCUCCAGGCGGGGUGUGGGUAUUUAAGCGUGGCAAGCGAAUCGCAUCGCUCGAGAACCCCCCGAGUCUUAGCGGGCCUAUUGAACGACUAGUGGUGUUCGGAUCAUGGAUCAUCGGCUGCUGGGCGGGAGGCAUUGAGGUAUGGAAGACGGAGACUUACGAGCAUUACACAAGUCUCCGGCCUCGGCCCACUCAGGAAUUCUCCGGGGACCAGAUCUAUACCGGCAUUAUGUGCACUAUGCCGACGUAUCUCAAUAAAAUCUUCGUGGGAAGAUGCGAUGGAGCGGUUGACAUUUGGAAUCUCAGGAGAGGGAAAUUACUUCACACACUGCUACCACUUUCGUCAGCCACUGGUCCCGUCACUGCAAUGCAGCCAGCUCCUGUCUUAUCUUUACUGGUCAUUGCCCAUAAGAGCGGCGCCCUGUCAAUUCAGAAUGUUGAUUUUGGUCAGCCGGUGCUGUGUCUGAGGACCGCAGCCUCUCGAAGCCCGCCUGUGACAUCAAUCACUUUCCGAAGCGAUGGUCUUGGCGCUGGCCAUGACGGCCGGAAAUCGGGGGUGAUGGCGACCGCGUCAAGUGGUAGUGGUGAUAUCACCCUGUGGGACUUGAACGAUGGAGGCCGAGUGGCAGGGAUCUUGCGAGGGGCUCAUCGAGUGUCGGGGACUGGGACUGGACAAGGAAUCAAUCGCGUUGAAUUCUUGGAUGGCCAGCCGGUGCUGGUGUCUACCGGGGAUGACAAUUAUUUGAAGACCUGGAUUUUCGAUGAGACCCCAUUCUCGCCCAUCCCCCGGUCUCUCCAUUGCAGAGGCGGACACUCAGCUGCUGUGAGUGCCCUAGACUUCUUGCCGGCAUCUUCAGACGGAUCCGAAUCUGGUGGGAAAUGGCUUCUCAGUGCCAGCAAGGAUUGUAGUCUCUGGGGGUUUAGUCUGCGCAAAGACAGUCAGCAUACCGAGGUAUCGCAGGGCAGUGUGGAGCGUAAAGCAAAAAAGUUGGGGCCAUCAGGCAACUCCACAAUACCGUUGGAAGACCUGAAAGCCUCCGAGGUAACCUCUAUCGCGUGCUCUCUUAACCGCGAUGGGGGCAUGGGUGUGACAACUUCAGGUCCCAUUUGGUCCAACCAAAAACUCACUAACACCGAUGCCUCUAACGCAACCGGGUGGGAGAGUAUAGUGACUGGCCAUCGGGGUGACAAGUAUGCACGAACCUGGUUUUGGGGCAAAAAGAGGGCUGGUCGCUGGGCGUUUGCAACUGGUGAUGGAACGGAAGUCAAGAGCGUGGCCAUUUCGCACUGCGGAACUUUCGCUGUCGUUGGAUCGGCGGGAGGUGCCGUUGACAUGUUUAACAUGCAAUCGGGGCAUCAUCGCCAAAGCUUUCCAUCUCGUCUACCCAAGUCUCGUGGCAUGAAAACCAGCCCCGGCUCUAUGGGCGAAAAGACGAGACAUACCAAAGCAGUGACCGGCUUGAUGAUUGACAGUCUCAAUCGAACUGUUACUAGCUGCAGCUUAGAUGGCAGGGUCAAGUUCUGGGAUCUCCUCUCGGGAUCAUUGAUCGAUGAGUUGGAUUGGAACCCAAUGGCCGCGGUUACAGGACUUCGAUACAACAAGGCGAGUGAGCUUGUUGCCUUCAGCUGUGAUGACCUGUCAAUUCGUGUAAUCGACCUCGAGACUAGGAAACUUGUUCGUGAGUUUUGGGGAUGCGUGGGCCAGGUCAAUGACUUCAUUUUCUCCAGUGAUGGACGGUGGAUUAUUGCGGCCUCGAUGGACUCGGUGGUGCGCGUAUGGGAUUUGCCAACUGGGCACCUCAUUGACAUCUUUCGGGUUUCCAGCACCUGCACCGCUCUGGCCAUGCCGUCUACCGGUGAAUUUCUUGCUACUGCACACGCCGAUGGUAUUGGUAUCAGCCUUUGGAGCAACCGCAGCCUCUUCAUGCCUGUGUCCACUAAACACGUGGACGAAAGCCUUAUUGAGGAUGUUGGGAUUCCGGCUACAUCUGGAGAGAGUGGUGCUGGUCCUAUUGAAGCUGCGUUCUCAGAUAACCCGCUUCUGGAUGAGACGGAAGGGCCGGUACUGGCAACCGACCAACUCCGUCAUGACAUGAUGACCCUCAGUCUUGUCCCCAAGAGCAAGUGGCAGGCACUACUUCAUCUAGAUUCAAUCCGAGAACGAAACCGGCCUAAGGACCCUCCUAAGGCCCCCGAAAAGGCGCCGUUUUUCCUUCCCUCUCAUCUUGGAUCACACACCACCGGGGCAGCGACCGGGCCCAUCAGCAACGAGACUGCUGACCUGGAGUCUCUGGUCACAAGCGCGGAGGCUGAACGUUCGCGGAUCGCCAAAUUGCAAGGUUCGGGGGAUAUUGGCCCUGCUACCUCUCCCUUCACGCAGGCCUUGGAAUCUGGGCGUCGUACCGGCAAGUUCGAUCCAUUCAUCGAUCAUCUCAAGUCACUAGCUCCAGCCAAGGCGGACCUGGAGAUCCGCUCCCUGGAUCCCCGGGUGCGUGAUGGUCACUCUGAGCUGUCCGACUUUGUCAUUGCCUUGACGGCUCGCCUCAGACUGAAAAGAGAUUUCGAAGUGGUGAACGCAUGGAUGGCUGUGUUCCUGAAAAGCCACGCCGACACAGUGGGAUUAUGUUCGCAUCGUGAUGAACCGGAGUACCGUCUUCUUCGAAAGGCCCUCACAUCAUGGAGCCAUGAACAACAACAGGAGGGAAGGCGCCUGGCCGAAAUGGUUGGAUACUGUCGCGGGGUGGUGGGAUUCCUGAGGUCUGCCCGCUAG